AUGUCGGAACAGCCUCCAAAACGUGAGCGUGGAAGACGUGGUGGAGAUCCUUUUCGCAGAUCGCAGGUUGCUCGAAAAGCUGCUGGCUUGGUAAGCCACUUAGACUACUUCGACCCGGAGCAAUACGAAAUAGACAGGGAGGGUCAACGUAGGCGCGAAGAGCGCUCGAGGUCGGCUGCAGAAGCUGGCGCGGUAGCCAAGGAGGUUUCAGCUGCUGCUGUGCCUGUGCCUGUGCCGCCACCGCCGGCAAGGACAGUGCAUCACACAGAAUCGGUCAGAUCCUUGUCAUCUCGACGUGUGAUUACAUCGAGCUCUUCUGUAUCGGUGCCGGCACGACCCAUCGCUCCUCCACCUACGCCCACUGGGGGUGCCAGUGGUGAGUGGCAAUUGUCGUGGGUGUGGGUGGAACACACCGAGGCGGGUUCAAGGGCCCCUGAGACACCGCCGAAGGCGGCACCGCCUGCAAAGAGGCGAUCUAGGUCUCCUUUGCCGCGGAGGUCCAAACCGUUUUCAGCUGCUGCUUCAAAGGUGCCUGCUCCUACAGUUGCUCCAGUGGAAGCAGAGCCCAAGGUGCCGAAGAAGCCGAGAUCUCCGAAGCAGAGAAAGGCUGAAACAAGGAAGGUGGCCUCGAGACCGUCUUCCGUUGACACGGCAAAGCCAUCGUCUUCGACAAAGCCUGUUGGGUCUGCACCAUCUACAGCGUCCUCAUCUGCUCCUUCAUCCUGUGCUACCACAACACCAGCUGCGCCAGAGCGCACUGUGAAGAUCACUCCUGUUCGCAAGGCCAAGGAGCUUGCAAAAGGGGCCGAGUCGGAGGUUGCAAAGCCCAAGUCUCUCCAGGAGAGGACUGUUCAGUUGAAGCCAGCCAAGGCUGCUGCAAAGUCCUCGGAGGUUGUUGCGGACAUUGCACCAUCUUCCACGGCGUCAGGGGCAAGAUCUACUGAGAGACCUUUGAUUGGAUUGGACUGGCAUAAGACUUUGAGCCACGAGCGUGAAACUGACGGUGGUGCUCUGGAGGGUUUUGUUCCGGCAUCCAGCAUUGCGAUCCUCAGGGACUUGUUGAACAAAGGCUGGGAUCUUUGCGUGGUGUCAUUCAGCAGUGCAUUGGCCACGCAAAACACCACGUUGACAGCAGCUCGAGCUUUGGAGCAAAGAUUGCAACGUCCGUUCAAGGACAUCUGCAUUGUGCCUCGCAAGCGCACCUCAGAUUGGACAAAGGGACCCAGUGUGACUGGGCAUACCCAGUCAAAGGCUGAACUGGUCAAGGAGCUUGGCAUUGCCAUUUUUGUGGACGAUCAGCGUGCCCUCUGCAACGACAUCCUUCAGUUGCAAGUCAAUCGUGCACGUGGGUCCAAGGUGGUUGCCAUCACAACUGACAGCAGAUCGCCAAGUGAUAGCCUUCGGCCUUUGGAGCGGUUGAUCCGAAGAACUGACAUUGAUUCGGUGCCUGCGACGCCAUUCAGAGUUGUCGGUCCAGGGAUUGAGUAUUCCACAUCUUCAGAGUCACCAGAGAUGCAGUCGGGUCCAGCAGCGAUAGCAGACUCCAGCCCGCCUCAGGAAGUGCAAGCUAGGUUGAAUCAAGCUGAGCAAGCGAGCCGGUUGGCGAUGCAGCGUAUACAUGCAGAAGGGUCUCAGCAGAUUUCACAGGUUCAGCAUGAAAGAGACCUAGCUGUUCAGCAAUUAAGUAAGGAUGCUCAUCAGUUGCAACAGGUCCAACAGGAGAAGGCCAUUCUGGCCAGACAAGCUGAAGGUGAGAUCAUGACCGCCACCCAGCGUGCUGAGGCGCAGAUCUCAAUUCUUGCAGCGGACAACCAGAAGCUGGUGGGAGAUCGACAGCAACUGCAUGACCAGAUGCAGAUGCUGAGACAGGAGCUGGCGGCCGCAAAGCAGCAGUUGAUGAACAAGGAUCUUCUCUCGUAUGCAUCAUCUGUUGCAGCACCAGCGGAGGCUGUUAAGCCCGUUGCUGAGGAGCAUGAUAAGCCCGAGUAUCAGGAGGCAGCCGACCCGCCACAGGUGGAGCCUGUUCAGGAACACUCCAAGAAGGCCAAGCGGAAGGCACAAAGGAGGAGGAAGUGGGAGAGUGCCACAACCACCGGUCAGGGGGAUGCAUCCGAAGCAGCGGUGUAUCGACAGAUUGCUAAGGACAUCAGCGAGGAGCAUGCCACUUUUGACAACUCAGAUCCUCCAGGAGAAGCAGAGUACAACAUCAUCAAAACCUCUCAAGCAGGGCUCAAGAUUAGUCAAGACAUGACUCUAGCACCACCUCAAACUGGCGCGGGACCUGCUGAGCAUAAGAUCGGCUACAAGAAGAAACAGCGGAGGAAGCCGUUACGGCAA